AUGGUUGGCCUUCCAGCCAGAGGCAAAAGUCUCAUAGCUGGGAAGGCAAUGCGAUAUCUUGCUUGGGUCGGCAUACCUGCUCGUGUAUUUAACGUGGGAACCUAUCGCCGAAGUAAUACACCGCAACCCAAUGCCACCUUCUUUGACCCUCACAACUCCGAGGGAGAGAAGAUGAGAAAGGCCGCCGCAGAGGCUGCCAUGUCGGAUAUGCUUCAAUGGUUUAGCUCCGGAAAAGGGGUUGUGGCUAUAUUAGAUGCGACUAACUCGACUAAAUCUCGGCGAAGUUGGAUUUACGAAAGCUGCCAUGCUGCCAACGUUGAAACAUUAUUCGUUGAGUCAAUAUGCGAUGAGGAAGACCUAAUAAUGAACAACAUCCUCGAAGUCAAGACCACCUCACCAGACUACAAGGGGCAGGACCCUGAGGCUGCUGCUUUGGAUUUCCGUAACCGAAUUCGCAAUUACGAAAAGGUGUACGAGACCAUUGACGAUAAUGAGAAGCACUACACCUACGUAAAACUCAUCAAUGUGGGGUCGACAGUGAUCAUAAACCAGAUUAAAGACUAUCUAUCUAGUCGAUUGGUUUAUUAUAUCCAGAAUCUCCACAUAAAACCCCGGUCAAUAUGGCUCUCUCGUCAUGGAGAAUCAGAAUAUAAUCUUACAGGGAAGAUUGGUGGGGAUUCUAACAUUUCGCCCCGUGGCGAGGCCUAUGCCCGGGCACUUCCUGGUCUACUGAAAAAAUCAGGAGUGCCACCCAACACUAAAAUCGUGAUUUGGACAUCUACUCUCAGGCGGACAAUCCAGACAGCUCGACACCUCGCCGCGGAAACUGGAUACGAGAAGCUGGAAUGGAAAGCCCUUGAUGAACUUGACUCGGGGGUGUGUGAUGGCCUGACAUAUGAACAAAUCGCUGAAAAAUACCCAGAGGACUUCGCCGCGCGUGACGAGGACAAGUACAACUACCGCUACCGAGGCGGUGAAUCGUACCGCGAUGUUGUCAUUCGUCUUGAACCGAUUAUCAUGGAGCUGGAGCGCAGUGAGAACGUCAUCAUUGUCACUCACCAGGCUGUGCUGCGGUGUAUUUAUGCCUAUUUCCUGAAUACCCCCCAGGAGCAGAGCCCGUGGAUGGAGGUUCCUCUACAUACUUUGAUCAAACUUACUCCUCGCGCCUACGGUACCGAUGAACAGCGUUUUAAAGCCGACAUCCCAGCCGUGUCUACCUGGCGUGCCAAAGGAACAUCCGCAAAACAUCAAGAUUACCCUACACAGAUCAAAGCAGGCGCGACCACGGAAGCUCGCUGCCAAGCCAUGUUAUCAGCGUUCACAGCUCGGCCUCUCGUCGAGCUCAAGCCCCGAGACAAGUCUAGGAUUGAGUCGGUGCUCGCCUACGGCGACCGACUCCUUGUCGGACUGAACAAUGGGAGCUUACGGAUAUACAGAGUAAACGAGGUUUCCCCGGACGAACAAAAUCACGAUGACAGCAACAACCAUAACCAUGACGAGCAGGGCGGUGGAGGUACACUCAAGAACGGGGAUAGUGGCCGGCCUGGGACGACGGACUCCGUCGCCAAGCCAAAACAGACUGAUUUGCUUCGGGAAUUGGAGAAGUUCUCGAGAUACAAGAUCGAGCAGCUGGCUCUGAUCAAGGAGGCUAAGCUUCUCAUCUCGCUGUCGGGCGGAUACGUUUCGAUUCAUGACCUGCAGACCUACGAGUUCCAAGAACAGCUUACCAAAACGAAAGGAGCAACCACCUUUUCCGUGACUUCAAAUAUCGUGAACGAUCCCGAAACCGGAGUUCCGUCCAUUGUAUCUCGUCUGGCGGUUGCGGUGAAGAGGAAAAUAUUGCUGUGGUCAUGGCGCGAUAUGGAAUUGGACAGCGACGCCGCUGAGAUGACACUAGUCAGUGGGAUCAAGACACUCACAUGGGUUUCCGGGACAAAGCUUGUGGCUGGACUCGGCUCGAACUUUGUAAUGGUGGAUAUUGAGAGUUCGGUGGUGACCGAAUUAGCUGGACCGGGAAGCAUUGGAGGUCUCGGGGGCCAGGAGACGAGUCGUCUGGCCGGCGUCGGAGUUGCUAGCAUGAGUUAUAUCGGAAUCGGCGGGGCAGCACCAAAGCCACUGGCGACACGGCUUAUCGAAGGGCAGAUAUUGCUAGCGAAGGAUAUCAACACCCAUUUCAUCGAUAUCAACGGCAACUCCCUGGGACGCAGACAGAUCCCAUGGAGUCACGCUCCGGCAAAUAUUGGGUACUCUUACCCUUUCCUCCUCGCGCUCCAUGACCCUUCAAAAGGUGUAAUGGAAGUUAGGAAUCCGGAGACUCUAUCAUUGUUGCAGUCGGUGGCUCUGCCAUCUGCGAACAUCCUACAUUUUCCACAGCCAAAUAUUAGUUUGGCACAUGCAGGCAAGGGUUUCCUGGUUGGAAGUGACCGCACCAUAUGGCGGAUGGAGGCCCUGAGCUAUGAUACGCAAAUAGAUACUCUUGUGGAAAAGGGGUAUUUGGACGAAGCAAUCAGCCUUACUAGCAUGUUAGAAGAUGCCUUGCUCAGUGACAAGAAAGGUCGACUACGGGCAAUCAAAAUGGAAAAGGCUCAGGGGCUUUUUACCCUGCGCAAAUACCGUGACUCCUUGGACUUAUUCACCGAGAUCUCGGCUCCCCCAGAGACUGUUAUCCGAUUGUAUCCUGAAGUCAUUGCUGGCGAUAUAUCGUCAAUCGACGAAGAGGAUGAGUCUGAGGAGAGUACCACAGAUGAUCCAUCAAAGUCAAACGAGGGUCAAGCUCAGCUGGACGGUGCUAAUACAGAGAAUGUUCCUGCUUCAAAGACACUCAAUCAUGCUCCCUCGGUGCGAUCUCUCCUUCGAACUCGCACAGAUGAUUGGAGUGAUGCUGGCAGUAUCCGCGGCAAGCCCACAGAGGAAACUCGGAACGAGAAACCUCUACACGGAAAAGACCUCUUGACUGCCGUUCGCGAAUUACAGAAAUAUCUGGCCGAUGUACGGAGGAGGUUCCAGCGAUUCUUGAACCCUGACGGAUCACUCAAGAUGAUCAACUCUCCCUCUAACACAGCAAACGAUGAGUUCACUGAUUCAGUGAUGAAAUUGCUCGAUGUCACCCAGGACAUCCAUGACCACGAAUUCGCUGAAAAGUUGCGCGAGGAAGCCAGGCUCGUCGAUACGACUUUCUUCCGGGUUUGCAUGUACGCCACUCCUGCUCUCGCUGGCUCGCUCUUUCGAAUCGCCAACUUCUGCGACCCGGAGGUCGUCAUGGAAAAGUUGGAGGAAACUGGCCGUUACAAUGACUUGAUCGAUUUCCUUUACGGAAAGAAGAUGCAUCGUCAAGCCCUGGAGCUCCUGCAACGAUUUGGUCAAGCUGAGUCUGAGACUGAAACGGCACCGCAGCUUCAUGGUCCCAAGCGAACAGUUGCGUAUCUGCAAAACUUGCCACCUGACCGAAUUGACCUCAUCCUCGAAUUCGCUAAAUGGCCCGUGCAGGAAGACCCCAACCUUGGUAUGGAGGUUUUCCUAGCAGACACUGAAAAUGCAGAGACACUACCCCGACACCAGGUUCUCGAGUUCUUGCAAGGCAUCGACCCGAAUUUGGCUGUUCGAUAUCUCGAACAUGUGAUCGGAGAGUUGAACGACAUGACUCCGGAUUUACACCAAAAGCUCCUCACUUUCUACAUGGAUCGGUUAAAGAAAGACGGAUCCGACAAAUGGUCAUUCGCUAGCGAUGAGGAACGUAUUGUAUGGAGAAACAAAUUCCUAGAGAUGUUGAGAUCAAGCUCUCAAUAUUCGCCAGCUAAGAUACUUGAUAGUCUUGACCGCGAUGACCCUGAAUUCUUCGAAGCAAGAGCCAUUGUCUUCAGUAAAAUGGGUCAACACAGGCAGGCCCUGGAAAUCUAUGUCUUCAAAUUGGAGGAUUAUGCGAAGGCGGAAGAGUAUUGUAACCAUCUCCAUAAGACGGAGGAUACAACUGCCGAAGCCGCACCCUUAUCGGUGCUUAACUCUAGUGAUAAAUCAUCUAUACAUCUGACACUACUGUCACUGUACCUCACUCCGCCUCAUGGGUAUGAGCGCCGAUAUGGGCCUGCGCUGGAGAUACUGGCAAAGCACGGAUCUCGUCUUCCACCAAGUUCAGCAUUAGAGUUGAUCCCCGAGUCACUGCCUGUUAAAGAACUUGACUUUUAUUUCAAGGGCCGUAUGCGGGCAGCCACCUCGGCAUUAAACGAAAGUCGAAUUGUGGCCAAUUUGCAGAAAGCUCAGAACUUCAAGACAGAAGCGCAGCUCAUGGUGGGCGAAGGGACGGACGGAAAGUCAUGCAGAAUGAGACAUGUCACCAUCACUGAGGAACGGAUAUGUGGCAUCUGUCACAAGCGUAUCGGUGGCAGUGUGAUUAAUGUGUUCCCAGACGAAACCAUGUUACGCUCGCCGGUUUCACCUGAGCGUUCCUCCGCCCGACCGCCAAAUCCCUCUCGGCCAUCCUUCGAUAGUGAAUUGGGACGUCCAGGCUCCUCUGGAAGUGAUGCCUCUUCAGUGACCUCCAAUGUGACAACCAUAUCCGCCGUCCAAAACCCGUUUUAUCAACCUCCUAGCGGGACGUCAUCCCCCCGGCCGCCGCGGACUUCAUCGAUUACCACCGCCACCGUGAGUAGCCAGAACGGCAUUUCGCCUACCCACACUCGGCCUCCCGCUUCCUUCAUGCCACAGAAUGAGAUAUCGAGUAGGAAACCGACGGGUCGGGCGCAUCCGCCCGAUCUGAUGAUGAAACAUCGGUCUCGACAUCACUCGCAGGGGUUCUUCGAACCUUCCCUCCCUACGGCGUCCGCAUCGGACUCGACCAUUUCGGCUUCGAGAAUCGCAGCCCAGACUGCGAUGCAACAACAGCAGCAGCAACAGGGUAGUAACACGCAACAACCACCCAAACGUCCUCAGACCAUUAUCUAUACUCCGGACGAUGGGUUGAGAACCAGGGGAGGUAGUAUUUCCCCUCCCCCGCUACUGCCGGCCCCUUCCCUACCACCGCCCGGGUCCAGUGGAUCCUCAGGGCAAACAUAUCAGAAUGGCCAUUCCGGUGUAGCGACCACGGCGGCCAAUGUGGCGUUUCCACGGCACGCCGGCCUGCAGCCUCCCGGGCCAGAAGCGCCGCCGGAAAAGGAGCACAAACAUAAAGGGGAGAAAUCGAAGAUGAAGCUGUUUUCGAAGCCGAAACAUAUUGGGAUUAGCCGGGAUAAAGACGGAAUACCGAAGGAUAGGGGGCUCCCAUCGCCCAGCAAAAUGGGCUUCUCCGGAGCAGGAUUGUCACGCAUUGUCAGUGCAUCUACGACAAGCUUAGCUGACACCUUCCCAUCCAACAAUUCCUCGAUGUAUAACCUAUCCAAUGCCUCUGCGAGUACGGUGGUCCCCGCCGACAAGCCGGUGUCCAGUGAGAAAGAGAAGGACAAGGAAAAGGCCCAUAAGCAUCAUUUUUUGUCGAGGCAAAAGCUGAAGUUAAAGGACCGUGAUGAUCAUUACAACCUACCGCUGUCUUCUGCUUCUAGUAACUCCAAACCGUCUGACCCAAACGCCCCCCAGUCGCUUUACUCUUUUACACCUGCUUCUCCGGGUCCAACGUCGACGACGUUUGGCAAAUCGGUGAGUGGGCUGGAUAUCCUUCACGGCGGUCGAGCUUUACGGGAAAAGAAGAAGGAGGAGAAGGAAAAGGAGAAGGCGAUGGCAGAGUCAGAGCAACAUGAAUGGAUGACUGGUCCGGCAGGCGCUGGUGGUGCGUCGACCGUAUUUGCGGGGCCAUCCUCAAUUGGCUCGGCUGGAGGUCUCACGGAGGCUGCUCUUCGAGAGACCCUACAGGGUUUUGGCCUGAACAACAUGUCGCCGGAAGAUGCGUGGGAUUUCCUGAAGGCUAAGCUGUUGGUGAUUUUCGAUGGGGAAGAUGUCCGUAUUUCUAUCGAAGAUCUCAACAAGCUGGUGUUGAUUCACAUCCAGCGCUGUGUGCAAAAGCGCACGCCAUCCGCCAUUGUUGAUGAUCUACGGGAGCUACUCGAGACCGGAUUUGCAUCCUUAAAUCAUACAUUAAACGGGGUACCCGAUGAGAAGCUGGUUCCUCAUCUGGUGCAGAUAUGGAUGCUUGUCUUUGGCACAAUUCUUCCGUUCAUACAGGCUGUUUUCUUACCCUUGGACCUCGAGUUCAGGGGUUGCGGAACUGUGAUGAAUCUUCGAGAGGCCCGCGAGUUCUGGGCAGCCGCCUUGAAUGGGGAUUACCCUGGGUGCGAGCUUGAAGUCCGCAACCUUGUGUUGAUAGCUUUCCGUGAUAAGGUCAUUCUUUAUCGUUACGACGGCCUCAAGGCUACAUUUUCCCGUUUAAGUCUUGAAAAUAUCAACUUGGGCAAUUCUGCCCUCAGUGUAACGACAAAGAGCAGCAGUAGCAGUGGUCGUCCCGCCACGGCUGCCUCGCUGGAUGCCGGUUUUGGCAGCUACAAUUCUCAGUCUUCUACUCUCCUCAAUACUGCAGCCAGCUAUUCCUCAGACUCUAUGAGCUGCAACCGCAGCCGUGCUGCUUCCAACACUUCGUCCAACCCUGACCAACUUAUUUUCCAAUCUUUUUCGUCCCCGACACAACGGCCGACCAUCAUCCAUCGGUCGUCUCAUACCGCUGAUACGUCUCAUGUUAUCACGGAGACCGUUGGUCGGAUGCUUCAAUGUGUUAGUGUUUUAGCCAGUGUGCAGACGGGCGGCAAGCCGCAAGAGAAGAUCGAGCUUCUGAGCAAAGCGCUUAAGCACAAUUGGCUCGGCCGUGGUCGCACCGGACGAGACCGACGAGGAUUUGUUGGAGCUAAGAUUCGACCGGCGAUGGUUACGCGGACCGAGAGCGAUGAUUCCAUGAGAGAUAGAAACGGUGAUUCGGAUAUCAUGCGAGAUGGGCAUCGGGAAAUAAGUGUUCUUUGA